UGUUAAAAGUGUCAGAGAGGAUGGAGAAAGGAAGAAGAGAAUAGGAUACAAGGGAGAAGAAUUGUGUUCGUUUGUUGUUGGGACUUAUGGGUCGGAUAGAUGAAAUGAAAGAAACGUGAAACUGUUAUGGGGGGAAGUUAUAAACAUUCAUUAUUAGUGAGAUGAGAGUAUAGGAUUACCUAUACCGGACUCUUAUUUUAUUCUAUAUUUUUGUCAGCUCUAUGAAGUAUAUGUAUAUAAUUUAAUUAUGAGCAAACAAAAUGCACAUCAAUCCUAACCGGACUACUUAAUAGGAUCAUGACCCCCACCUUGUUGCUGUUUCUAGUUUCCUGGAACUGAUAAAUGGCAAUGAUACCAAGUUUCUUCUUUUUAUAGUGGCCCAGUUUUGCAUUUAGAUAUUGAGAACCUCUACAGAGGGGACUAAGUAUGGCAGUCCACAACACAACUCCGAAACGCAAGGAGAUCUACAAGUAUGAGGCUCCAUGGCCUCUGUACAGCAUGAACUGGUCUGUCCGUCCGGACAAGAGGUUCAGGUUGGCGUUGGGCAGUUUCGUGGAGGAAUACAACAAUAAAGUGUUGAUAGUUUCGCUGGAUGAAGACACAUCAGAUUUUAGUCCCAAGAGCACAUUUGACCAUCCAUAUCCCACCACGAAAAUAAUGUGGAUCCCCGAUAGUAAAGGAGUGUUCCCAGACUUGCUGGCCACUAGUGGAGACUAUUUGCGUGUGUGGAGAGCAGGCGAACCAGAGACUAGGCUGGAAUGUGUUCUAAACAAUAACAAGAAUUCCGAUUUCUGUGCACCGCUAACAUCAUUUGACUGGAACGAAGUUGACCCUAACCUGAUCGGGACGUCUAGUAUUGACACGACCUGUACAAUCUGGGGGCUAGAAACCGCUCAGAUAGUCGGUCGAGUGAACCUAGUGGCUGGUCAUGUGAAAACACAACUCAUAGCUCAUGACAAGGAGGUCUAUGAUAUAGCUUUCAGUCGAGCUGGAGGGGGGAGGGACAUGUUCGCUUCUGUCGGUGCAGACGGCUCAGUCCGAAUGUUUGACCUGCGACACCUUGAACACUCCACUAUAAUCUACGAAGACCCGCAGCACACUCCACUCUUGCGCCUGGCGUGGAACAAGCAGGACCCUAACUACCUAGCCACUGUUGCCAUGGAUGCUUGUGAGGUGAUAAUCUUGGACGUGAGAGUGCCGUGUACGCCAGUGGCCAGACUGAACAAUCACCGUGCUUGUGUCAAUGGCAUUGCCUGGGCACCCCAUUCAUCCUGCCACAUCUGCACUGCAGGUGACGACCACCAAGCUCUGAUCUGGGACAUUCAGCAGAUGCCGAGAGCUAUCGAGGACCCCAUUCUGGCUUACACCGCAGCAGAAGGGGAGAUCAACCAGAUACAGUGGGGAGCUACCCAACCGGACUGGAUAGCCAUCUGCUACAACAAGGCCUUAGAGAUCCUUCGAGUGUGAACUCAUUAGAGCCCCUCCCACUCCCUGAAUAUUUACUUUUUGUAACUGAGAUAGUGAAUUUAUAGCAUAAGUAAUGUAAUUUAUAGUUGUUCCUACUUUAGACUAAAAUUGUACAUACUGUUGAGGAAUGUAUUUAUUCAAGAACUGGUUGUAACGGCGGAGAAAUGUAUAUUUGUCAAAUGGAAAUGGAGAAAUGUGUGCGACUUUCAAGCAUUUUAUAGAAUAUUUAUUGUGACUCAGUGAGUUUUAGCAUAUUAUUUAUUAUUUUUGUUUAUAUAUUACUUCUGUAAAAGUUUGACAAAUCUUAAAAAUCUGUUUUUAACUUUAAACUCUCUGUUUAUUCGCAUAAUAUUUCUUUUACAAUUUGCAUUUGUAUGUUUAUUGGGGAUGGGUCAUAUUUGAUCAUGUCUUUGCAUUGCAUAAACUCCUUUUUAUUCUUUUUAUAUAGGCACUGGUUGUCAUUUUGUAUGGACAGGACUGAGAAAUGUGUCCCCUCCUCCCCCAUAAGUACAAUGUUAGUAGUCUGAAAAGUAUAUCAUGUUGACUACCAAAAUAAAACACAUUGAUUUUUAUAUUAUUUUACAUCUAUCCUACUGAGAACCACAAACAUUCAUGUACUAAACAAAUAAAUAAUAAUGGUGGGCCAAUUUCUGAGAUUGUGAACAUCAAAUUAGUUGUCCUGAUUCUCGUUUUUUUUUUUAUAUAAUAAUUAAAUAAGCAUCUUAUAUUUAGAAUACUAACUAUGGUUGAAAUAUCCAAGCAAUCUUGUUUGGUUCUUUAAAAACUCAAUCUGUAGGUACGAUUUAACUGUACUAAUAAACUUAUCAAUACUAAAGACUGUCGAAGGAAGUUGCCCUCAAUUAAGAAACAUUAAGUGUGUCCUAAGUAUGAGUCUUUAGCCUUAAAAGAUAAGAAUAGUGGCUAAAUUAGUUUUGGUAUUAUACUAACUAGAGUUAUAAUGAUAAGCCUUCAAAAACUAAAAAAUCCUUUGUUCUCCUUUUAUUGAAAUUGUUUUCACAAUGUAAUAGAACAAUAGUAAUUGUAGGCGAUUUUAAGUAUACAAAAUUUAAUGGAACAGAGUUUAAAUUUUGCAUUAUUAAUCUGUAAAGUUUUACAGAGCCAAAAAGAUAUUAAAGUGUGUAAAACAUUAACAAAAAAUAUGAAAUUUGCUGCCUGUAUACUGAAAUGCCUUUGUGUAAAUAAUAAACAUGUACAAGAAAAUACACUGUUUUACUGUGUGAAAAUAAAUAAAUUCAGACAAUUGAUUUGGCAUACUCUUUAAGAACAUUUCCAACUAAUAAAUAAAUUAUGAGUAGCUCUUAUCAAUGAGAACAUAUGAUGAAAUAAAAAUAUUAUAAAUCCUUAUUAAUCCUCAAAAUACUUAUCGUAUUUUUAUUUAAAACUAUUUAAAAAAAACAAGCACAACGGUCACUGGAGUACUUACAUGUAUAGCAAUGAGUGGGUGGCUCAGAAUUGAGGAGAAAAAUUACAUUCAGAAAAUGUGGUGGUGGAGGACAUCACACGGAAUAGCGUACUAUAUAUUUUAUCGAUAUAGUUUGAUCAGUAAUUCAGUUAUUCACUAUUGAAACUGAAUUUAUGACAAUCAUGUGAGAUAGGUUCGAGAAUCUAUGACAAUGUUUGAAUUCAAAUAAUUCCAGAAUUAAAAUUGGCCCAUCAUCUAAAAUUCAUUAUAAUGGUAGUUAAUUUUACACCUGACCAGCUGGAAUUGAUCUAAGAAAAUGGAAAUUGUUAUAGACUUCCUCCAUCCGUGUAUCCUAAUUGUGUCCGUUUUUAUUCAUCUUGUCCUUUAUCUUAAGAGAGAGGGGAUUGGGGAUUGCUCGUAGGGAAAGUGGUCUACGGCUUUCUGCAGAAGAUACCAUUCAGAAUUUAUUUGACUCUCUUAAAGUCAACAGAAAAGAAUAUUAGCCUGACUUGUACAUGGGGGUAGAAACUUUGAUUCCUUAGAGACUGGCCGAUGCCCUCCCCUCCCUCUAAGUUGGCAAGUGCCCCUUAUCCAUUUUUUAUAUCCCGUCAUUUCAUUACUGGUACACAGUUUUUAAACAAACAAAUGUCCAGUGAAUUUCUAACUUUCAUUCCCACGAAUAAAGUUCAUAACCACUAUUUCCAUCCCUAAGUCUGUACACUAUCAAAAAUUUAUGUUCUACUUUGUUCUGCACAAAAAAACUCAAAACUAUGUUAUGCAAGUGAAACGGCAAGCAAUUAAAAUACCAUACAAUUAAAACUACAAUUAUUGCGUACGGCACAGUACAACUGACUGCUGUUUGUGUCUUAAAAGACGAUUUUUUACUGUGGUGUAACAUAAGCAUUAAUAUUGUACAAUAUGUAUGGUUAUUUAAUAUAUAUAAUAUUAGUCCGUACUGUUAAUGUUGCAUGAAACGCCAGAGUGUAGUUUGUCGUCAACGAUGUGCAUCGUGUAAAUGUACGUUAUGAUGUCAAUGUGUACUGUAGUAGCUGCAGUAGGUGAAAACAAUAAUAUGCAAAUCUAAUUAUAUUUUUCAACAUGUUUUGUAAUAUUUUCUUGUUGUGUAGUCAUAGUUUUAAGAAAAAAUACUCUAAAAUUUGAAGUGAGAAAAAAUAGUCAACUUUUUCCAUCUAUAGAGAGUUCAAAGUAUGACAAUGGUUUUAGUUACCGCAAUUUAUGUAUUAAUUUAUAUCACUAUACCAUUCACUGUGGGAAAUGAGGCAACGUGUGAACCUAAAAUUUGGAAAAGUACAAAUGGUUUUACUCACCUCAAAAUGACGUCGGGAUAUCCGAAAAGUUAAUUGAAGAUAUCCAGGACCCCUUGUUGACAGGAAUUGAUCAAGUCAUUUCCGAGGCUGAUUUAACGUCAAUUCCAACUCGCCGACACCGGUGCUGACUCUAGUCCAGUCCGCACUCAAUACUCCGCUGGUUUUUAAGUCCCCAUCCCCCAUUGACACUCUCGAAUCAGUUAUGUUUAUUUAAAAAUAUUUAUUAAUUUAAUAAAAAAUGUUUAUACUUUUCCCCAAGAACGAUAUCCACUGUCACACAGUAUUCAAAAAUAUCAUCAGAACUUAAAUCGGAUUUCUCUCCAUUAGACUACAGUUACACAAACACAGUCACGAUGCACUAAUCAUACCAACAAACACAACGCAGAAUAGAAAAUAAGCCAAGAUGGGGAUAUGAGAACUGUUUGCAUGAAAAGAAACUGUGAAACCGUCCGUAACUGAGCUCACACUAAGGCAAUUUUGUUUCCGAAUUUCCAGCUGGCCGCAGUUUGCGCUAGAAUUGCGAAUGUGCUAAAUCAAUUGAAAACAAUCAUUUCACCAGUGUAAUAUAAAAGGGUUCUUUGAAAAGUACAUAUAUACUUGCUAUUUGUAACAAAUUUUUCAUUGCCUUUUUCUUACAAUUCUGCCAGCUGUUGGCCACAUCAAUCACAAUUACGUACAAAACAGUCCCUGAUACAUGAGGGAUCAAGUCUGACAGUUCUCCAAAGUUGUAAAUGAACACUUCUUUGAUAUUGUCACGCACUUUUGUUAUGACUUCAUCUCACAAUUGACAUCCGUCCACUUCUGUUCUAAUCGUGUACAACAACUGUCCUGAAACAAAACAUCACUUCUCACCAUAGUGUCCUGAUACUUUCCAUUUUUACUGAACCAAGUUUGUGUUGGAUGUCAGCAACGUAUUAGAAUUUUGCUCACAAAUAUUGGAUUACAACAUGUAAUUCAAAGUCAAUGAUCUGUGAUAGUGGAUAUUAGAAAUAUUAUAAUAAAGUAAGAAAUGGUUUAUUGACCUUAUAAGUGAGGACUGAAGUCUAGUCUUCUGACCUAGGAUAGACUUAGAUAAUGGCACUGCUCCCUUAUACUUCUGGUUAUAGGCCAAGUUCAUUUUGCACUGUAAAAGCACAUGACCUAGUUUUUCUUGAAAUCGGUAAAAAAAUUUCCCCUGAGACAAAAAUUGAACGUCAGCCUUGCUAGUUCAUGUUGGGUUCGGAAUGGGGCAAUAUUGGAAGGGUUAAAAAUUCAAAGUAUAAUUUUUUAGCUUGCCACUUUAAAACCAACCGUCAAGCAAUAAAUAUUAGUUAUAUUACUGUCAUAACCAGCAUAAACCGCAUUUUCAAUCAAAUAAUCAAUCUUUAAGUGGUUGAGUCACACUGAUUUUGCUUUUUACUCUCUGAUGGUUAAUUUUUUUUAAUUGUAUCAAUCUAAUAAAAACAUCAUCAGAGAAAACAUAAUCACUUCGUAUUUUUUACUCCUUUGACCCUUACUAAAACUAACAUAGCUGAGUGAAUUCUUCCUUAACACGUUCACGGCGACGUGUACCCCAUCGAGUACAUGUUAUCUUUCACAAUUACCAUCGUGUACCCCAUCGAACACAGCCCAGGUUUUUGUAAAGCACGUCAUGCGCCUGAUGGGGUACACAUCGCUAUGCAUUACCUUUGCGUUUUUAUUAAGUCCGGAAAUUAGCCGUUGUCGUGAACGUUUCAAGAGAAAUCCUAUCGAUUUCAGGAAAAAUAUAUUGUGCGCUUAUACAAUGCAAAUAGGAUCUUGCGCUAUUUACAUGCCAGACAAACUCCUGAAAACUUUUUCAAGGAAUAUCCACACUACCAGAAUAAUGAACUUGUAAAUAAAAAAACAUUCUCAAUUGUACGUUAAAAUAACAUUUCUUGUCUGGUAAGCAGUUUUAAUUUGCGUUAGUUUAAAACAGCAUAAUAUUAAACUUAACAUUAUAAUGAAAAACAUAUGCAUAAUAUUUGAAAAUUAUUUCACUGAUAUCUUAGUGCAGAUUUUAUAAUAUACCCUGUUGAACUAAUGGUACUAAUUUUGUUUGUUCAUUGUCAGGAUAGAAUAUUUGGAUGGACAUUUUGUAUGUAACAUCAGCUUGUAUAUACAUGAGAUCCAGUAUUAUAUACAAUCUUUACUUUGAACUCUCUAAAAUACCAAGAAACUUGCCAGACAUUAAAUUUUAUAUAAAUAUCUCCCCCUCAAUACGUAAACCCUUGAGUGUUGGUCUUUACUGUCAAGGAGGAUGUCUUUGUGUGUUCUUUCGAAUGCUGCAGGUAAAACCCUAAAAUAAGAUUAUAGACUUACUUGGUGUCAUAAGUUCUAUUGUGGAAUUGAUGUUCCUAGAGUAUAUAGAUCAGUAUUUGACUAUGUGGGUUUUAGCAAAAAUAACGUGAAUCCAGUGAUUUGUAUUUUAAAAUUAAAUAAGGUAAAUUUGCUGUAUGAAAAAACUCAUUUUAGUAUGCGCAUUGCUCUUAAAUGAGUUUUUGUUAGAUUUUACAAUGGUUAAUUUUAUUAAAGUAAGGGGGGUUUUACUUUUGUUACAGGAAUGAAACUUUAUAAAGAUAUAUAAGAGCAUAUCAAAACUAAUGUAUGUUGCACAGGUGUUAUUUUUGUUUAUCAGAAACUUGGUUUUUAUAUAUAUUUUUUAAGGUUAUAUAUUUUACAUAAAGCCUUGUUAUCUUAUGAUGUCAUUAUUUUUAUAAUUCUAAAGAAUAUCAUAAUAUAAUUUUAUUUGUAGAACUGUUCUAAAUAAUUCAUAACGGCUUAUUGUUUGUUUCUAUAGCCGUGUGGCUGUGCCUUCUGGUUUAUAUGUAACAGUAGUCGAUUGUUCUAUAAAUUAACUGACAGCGGUUUAACGUUCAGUAUUGGAAUAGACCCCCUCACAAAUGUCUUCACAAUGUAAUGUAUUUAUGUGGAAGUUACAAGUUUUGGUGAAGGGUAUCCACAUGACAGCCCACUCGUACAAUCCUUUUUAUCGCAAGACUUGUGCCAUUCCUGUACUCCAUAUAACGGAGUGUGUAAUACUCAACACUUCAUGACACAUUUACAUAACGUAGCAAGUAAGCGUAACACAAUAACACACAUCUGUUAUGUACACAUAAGAUCUCCACAAUGUUAGAGAACUGAGCAGACAUGCGAUUCAGUGUGCACCCAUGUUUGUGUUCGUCUAAAUAAAUUAUCAAUAAAUUUCUUAUGAUCUCUGCACACCCUGUGCAUUUUUAAUGUUGGGUACGAGUUAUCAGAUACAUCCCAUAUUGUAACGGCUAUCUAAGACGCCUUUAAACUCAAUUAGUACGCUUUAAGGAAACAUAAUACAUUGUAAUUCAUUAUGAAAAAUAUAUAUGAAGCUCUGUUUGAGUCGGAAACUUCUAUACUCAGUAUAUUUAAUAUUUAAGUUUCUUUUUGCAGCCGGUUUGUAAUAAUUACUCCAUUUUCGUGUUCGACGAAAACUUUUAAGUAUAGUCUAAGAAUAAAACAUUUAUAGUAUUAAUAAAGCAGCAGACAUAAUAUUAGUAUUUUAGCUCUUUAAGUAAAUCAAAAAAUUUUUAUAACCUAUCUUUUGCAAUAGUCCCAGAGACACGUUUAAUCUCAGCACUCAAAGGGUUGAAAGGGAACUUUUCCUUCUUAAAAGUUAAAAUAAAAACUAUUAUAUAUUUUGAAAUAUGUUUGUUUGAACCUGUAUUGAUUAUUUAAUUUAUUACAAAUUCAACUCUAUUAACUGUAUUCAUAUUUUAUUUUUACUGUUUUAAUACACUUAACACAUUUUCAACUGUAUAACGUAUGAAUAUAUGGAGCCUUAUUUCACAGCAUAUUUACAAUGUUCUGUAAGCAUUUUUUGUGAUAUCAAUUUAUUACAAUUUGUUUUUAUUACUAAUCAUAAAAAUUAGCAUUUAUCUGGUUUCCAAAUUUAUUUAUGUUAUAUUAUGCAGUUCACAGGUUGUAUGUUAGAAAUGUAUAAAUAAAUUUUCUUUCAAGCAAAUUA